ACACCAUCGACACUUUCGAACCAAAAGGCAGGCAAAUUGGGGAUUACUACAAAUUCAUUUGCUGCAAAAAUAUUGUUCUGACGUGGAAUUUCUUUAACAAUUAAGAAAUAGUUGCCUCAUAAAAGGCUAUUCGAUUGUGUAAAAAAGAAAGGCUUUUCUAAAUUCAUCAAAUUGUCCUUGAAAAGCCACUAAAUAACGCUCAGAAAAAAGGUUUCUCUAUUUUUUUGCAUACGUGAACGGAAAUCAAUCGUUUCAGUGGACAGGUCAAAAGUGACAACAUCGAUAGAAGACGUGUAGUUUUUUGGCCACCGUGUUAAGAGAGAAAAAAAUUAAGUGAAAGUGUUUUUUGUUUCUGUGAUUUUAUGUUGUUGAUAAAACGUCUGUAAUAGCAACAAAUUAAAUUAUGAAUCCUUCAGCAUAUGGGCAACAAUAUCCGCCCCAAGGAUGGCCUCAAUCACAGCAACAGCAACAGCAGCAGCCUCCGCUAAGUGGGCCUCCAGUAUCAAUGCCUCCACCACAAUCUCAAACAAUGUUAAAUGGCAAUUAUCAACAGCAGUUGGUAAAUUCAAUAAGUGGCAUGUCAAUGAACCCAACAAAAUCAUUUCCUAAUGCAACUCCUGGCAAUAAUAUGCCACCACCACCAAUGGGCAAUGGACCAGCUCCAAAUGAGAGUGGCAAUAACAACAUGAUGCCCAAUAAUAAUUCAGUUGGUUUGAUGGGUUAUCCCAAUGGACCGACACCACCAAAUUCUCAAGGUCUUGGUGGUGGGCCACCACCUAUGAAACAGGGGCCACCACAAAUGUCACAAGCUGGUCCCCCACAACAGCAGCAGCAGCCAGGUAUGCCUCCUUCAAUGGGACAGCAUAUGCAACAACCAACUGGGCAACCCAAUCAGCCAGGGCAACAGCAGAUGACGGUGAAAACUCCUGAUUUACAGGGAAUGCCUCAUAUGCCACCACCAAAAACUCAAUCACCAUUUAUGCCACCUCAGGCUGGUGAACCACCGAAACCACAAGAACAACAAAAGCCACAAGGCACUGGCCCAUUCCCUCCACAACCACAACAACCAAUGCAGCAAAAGUUCCCAACUCCAUCAAUAACACCAACAUCGCAACCAAGUUCAAUGUAUCCACCACAGCAAAAUCAAAUGCAACAACCACCCCAACAGCAACAACAACAACAACAGCAGCCAAUGCAAUUUGGCCAGAUGCCUCCAAAGCCUGGUCAACAAAUCCCCCAACAACCUGGACAGAUGCAAAUGCCUGGUCAGCCAAUGCCUCCGCAACCUGGACAAAUGCAGAUGCCUCCGCAACCAGGACAAAUGCAAAUGCCUGGUCAACCGCCUAAACCGGGUCAACAAAUGCCACCACAACCUGGACAGAUGCAGAUGCCUGGCCAGCAUCCAAUGGGUGGUCAGCCACCAAUGGGUGGUCAGCCACCAAUGGGUGGUCAGCCACCAAUACCUGGUCAGCCACCAAUGUCUGGUCAGCCUCCAAUGCCUGGUCAGCCACCAAUGCCUGGUCAGCCUCCAAUGCCUGGUCAGCCACCAAUGUCUGGUCAGCGUCCAAUGCCUGGUCAGCCUCCAAUGUUCGGUCAGCCUCAAAUGCCAGGGCAGCCACCAAUGCCUGGUCAACCUCCAAUGCCUGGUCGGCCUCCAAUGCCUGGUCAGCCAAUGACAUCUCAACCUGGACAAAUGCAGAUGCCACCUCAGCCAGGCCAACAAAUGCCUCCACAACCUGGCCAAAUGUCGAUGCCACCACAACCUGGUCAAAUGCAAAUGCCCCCACAAAUGGGCCAAAUGCCACCAAAACCCGGCCAAAUGCAUAUGCCUCCCAUGCCUGGGCAACCACCACAACUUGGUCAAAUGCCCCCGCAACCAGGACAGAUGCCUCCAAUGCCGGGACAAAUGCCAUUCCAGCAGGGUGGUGGCCCAAUGCAAUACCAAGCUGGGCCGAUGCCUCCGCCAACAGGACAAAUGCCUGGUUAUCCCCCUCAGCCGGGUCAAAUGCCCAUGCAGCCAGGACAACAAAUGCCCGGAAUGGGAUAUAAUCAACCUCCCGGCAUGUACAACCAACAGUAUCAGCAGCAGGCGGCUGCUCCACGUCGUCUAGAUCCCGAUCAGAUGCCAAAUCCAAUUCAAGUUAUGAUUGAAAAUCAAAGAAAUUCUGGUGGCCCAUUUGUGACUAAUCAACCUGGUUUGUUGCCACCUCUGGUAACAACAAAGUUCAUUGUUCAGGAUCAAGGCAACUCAAGUCCUCGUUUUGUCAGAUCAUCUUUAUAUUGCGUUCCAUCAACAUCUGAUUUGCUCAAAACAACUGCUCUGCCCUUCUCGUUGGUUAUUUCCCCUUAUGCCAAGACCGUCGAAGGUGAAUAUGAUCCACCAAUUGUUGAUUUCGGAGAAUUAGGACCAAUACGUUGCAAUCGUUGCAAGGCAUACAUGUCGCCGAAUAUGCAAUUUAUCGAUGCUGGUCGUCGCUUCCAAUGUCUAAUGUGUAAAGUGUCGACAGAAGUUCCUACGGAAUACUUCCAACAUCUUGAUCAUACUGGGCAACGUGUGGAUAAAUACGAAAGACCUGAAUUGGUACUAGGAACAUACGAAUUUGUUGCAACUAAAGAUUAUUGCCGAAACAAUAUUCCUCCAGAAAUUCCAGCCUAUGUAUUUGUUAUUGAUGUAUCCUACAAUAACAUCAAAUCUGGAUUAGUUCAUUUGCUUUGUCAAGAAAUAAAAAGAAUAAUCAAGAAUUUCCCUGUCGAUCAGGGUCAAGAGAAGUCGAAAAUGCGUGUUGGUUUCAUCACCUACAACAGUACUGUCCAUUUCUAUAACAUCAAAAGCACCUUGGCCCAACCACAAAUGAUGGUUGUUGGUGAUGUCAAUGAUAUGUUUAUGCCACUGCUCGAUGGUUUCCUUGUUGAUCCAGAAGAAUCUGAAGCUGUUAUCGAUGCAUUGAUGGAACAAAUUCCUAAAAUGUUUAUCGAUACAAAAGAAACUGAAACAAUUCUUUUGCCAGCCAUACAAGCUGGUUUAGAAGCACUUAAAGCAUCAAAUUGUGCUGGUAAGCUGCUGGUAUUCAAUUCAUCGUUGCCGAUAUGUGAAGCUCCGGGAAAACUUCGUAAUCGUGACGAUCGUAAACUUUUGGGUACAGAGAAAGAGAAAACAAUAUUGACACCCCAAACAACAGCAUACAAUUCAUUGGGUCAGGAUUGUGUACAAGCUGGAUGUUCAGUGGAUUUGUUUAUAUUUAAUAAUUCAUAUGUGGAUAUUGCUACAAUUGGACAAGUUUCAAGAUUAACAGGAGGAGAAGUCUAUAAAUACACUUACUUCCAGGCUGAACUUGAUGGAAAUCGACUGAUUGAAGAUAUCAUUAAAAACGUAUCGCGACCAAUUGCUUUCGAUGCAGUAAUGCGAGUUAGAACGUCAGCUGGCAUUCGUGCAACAGAUUUCUACGGCCACUAUUUCAUGUCUGGCACAACCGAUGUAGAACUCGCUAGUAUUGAUUCAAAUAAAGCAAUUGCAAUUGAAAUCAAGCAUGACGACAAACUGCCACCCGAGGAGAAUAUCUAUCUGCAAGUUGCUUUAUUAUACACAUCUAGCGGUGGGCAACGACGCUUGAGAGUAUUGAAUUUAGCCCUCCGUGUAACAACAACGAUAGCUGAUGUCUUUAAGAGUUGUGAUCUAGAUGCAAUCAUGUUGUUCUUCGCCAAACAAUCCAUGUUUAAACUGAUGGAACUCACUCCUAAAGUGGUCAAAGAUAAUCUAAUUCAUAGAUCGGCACAGACGUUGGCUUGCUAUCGCAAGCAUUGUACGUCACCAACAUCGGCGGGUCAAUUGAUUUUACCAGAGUGUCUUAAGCUCCUACCAUUGUAUGUUUCAUGUUUGAUUAAAAACGAUGCUAUUUCUGGAGGCUCAGACAUGACAACCGAUGACCGAUCAUAUGUCAUUCAAUUUGUCCUCUCAAUGGACCUACAAAUGUCUGUUACAUUCUUCUAUCCGAGAUUCAUUCCAAUUCAUAAUGUCGAACCAGAUGAGAACGAUUUACCGCCACCAAUGCGUGUUACUCAUGAAAAGAUGUCCGAAGAUGGAGCAUACAUUUUAGAGAAUGGAGUGUAUUUGUUCUUCUGGCUGGGCCAGGCCCUUCCACAAUCCUUUAUUCAGCCACUAUUUAAUGUUCAAUGCACACAGCAAGUGAAUUCGGAACGUUUUGCUAUUGUUGGCGAUACUCCGUUGGCGAAACGAGUGCGUCAAAUUAUUGAUACAAUUAUGCAGGAAAGGACACGAUACAUGAGGGUAACUUGCGUGCGACAAAAUGACAAACUUGAGAGUGUAUUCCGGCAUUUCCUGAUCGAAGAUCGUGGUACAGAUGGUUCAGCAAGUUAUGUAGAUUUCUUAUGUCACAUGCAUAAAGAAAUCAAGGAUCUACUCAGUUAGCCUUGUUCGUCUAGGAAUAGUUUUAGCCAGCGUCGUUUGAGUUCCCAAGUUUCUACGCCCGGCAUGUGUCGAAGUUAUUCACAGAAUAGGGCUAGGCAACAGCGUUAUCGCAAAGGAUAUGGUAGAUUAUUUUAGGUUGAUAUUCAAAUUUAUUAUUAUGAAAGAAAUGCAAUUGCAAAAAAUCAGUUAAAAAAUAUGAAAAUUCAAAAAGAUAAAUAAAAAAACAGUCGUUUAAUCGAAAACAAAAAAUUAACACCAGCGCCCGAACUUGUAAGUAUCGAAACGAAUUAAAAAUAAAAAAAAUCUAUAUAAUCAAAUAAAUUCAAGAAAAAAAUUAUAUAUAAAUAAAUUUAAUUAUUACAAAUAAAACAUA